AUGAGCAUUCUUGCUGGUGACCACUUUGGUGCUCCCUUCCUCCCCGUGCUCUCACCACCUCUUACGGACGACGAAGUCCGCGCUCUCAUCGCCCAGGCCGCCGCCGACAACGCCGCAGAGGAGGCCGCCAAGAAGCUCGCUGAGAAGCCCGCCAAGAUGAAGACCAAGAAGCGCGCCCACAAGGGCGCCUAG